AUGCCCAUUGCACUGGCGCGCCGUCGCACCUGCCUCGCCUUUACACUCGCCAUCGUCGCUGCCUCACUCGUGCUCAUGGCGCUGCGACCGACGUUGCUCAACUCGUCGUCGAGGAUACUAUCCCAGUCAGCUCGGAACGGAGCAGCCCAACUGAGCAGUGCUCCCCGACCCAAAGUCGUAGGCGCAGCGGCGGACCAAUUGCUCAAGCAGCAGCAGCAGCAGCCGCCGCCAGCAGCAGCAACAGCAGCUCCUGCUCGGGCUCAGCCUGCUGCCGCUCCCGUCGGAGGCGCCCCUCUUCCUCCGUCCCGACCGUUCUCCAACCAAGCCGCUGCCCAAGCCCAACGCCCCGCCCAUCCCGAACCCGCUACACCACCCCAAGCAGACAACAAGAUGUCCGUCAAGCAGACCGUCGACAAGCACAUCAAGGACGGCCACGUCGUCGUCUUUUCAAAGUCGUACGUUUGCUCCAUCCCCACUACGCUGACAAAUCAAACCACGGCUCCCUUCCUCCCCCGGCGAUCACUACUCGUCUCGACACCAUACAAGCAAGAUGCUGACCACGUAGUGCUCUGUAUAUGACUGGCAUCAGGUACUGCCCUUACUGUGAGUAACGCCAUCUAUUGUGACCAUGCCCUUGCCUCGGCAUCUGACCCAGAGCGUCUCGAUCGUUCGAUGUCGUCAUCCACCCUUUCGCCCAUCCACUCCACAGGCAAGGCUACCAAGCAGCUCUUGAGUCAACUCGACGCCAAGGCCACCGUCUUUGAGUUGGAUCAGAUGGAAGAAGGUGAGCCUGCGGUGUGGAUGUAGUGCCGAUCUGUCCUUUGAUGGUACGGCGCUGACCUAAUUGCCCUCAAUCCGCCCCGCCUGCCAGGCUCGGACUGGCAAGCUUACCUCGGCGAGAAGACCGGCCAGAGGACCGUGCCUUCCGUUUGGAUCGAUGGCGAUUUCAUCGGUAAGCUCCGGAGCAUAUCCGAUUCGCGGUGCGUUGCUGUCUAGCUGACAUGGAUGCCAUGCCUCUUGUCAACCUCAAGGCGGCAACUCGGACGUGCAAUCCGCCCACGGCUCGGGCAAGUUGCAAAAGCUCCUCAAGCAAUAA